AUGUCCACCAAGGCUAGGAGGCAGAGCACCGUGUCCACCAAGAUUUUCAUAUUUAGAAGACUAAAAGCUCAUCCACCACUUCAUCAGGACAUGAAUAAAUCAAAGCAUUUCCGGUCGCCCUCUGCCCAGACCCCCACGAUCCAAUCACCCACAUCCCAAUCCCCCUCUGGUCUAUUUCCUGUACCCCUAUCACCCACAAGCUCAUUUUCACCUAUCACCCCUCAAAGGGAAACUGAUAGCUCCCUGAAGUGUCUGAUCAAUGACCGAGACCUGCACCUGUCGGAGCAUCUGGGGGACGGCUGCUUUGGGGUAGUCCGGAAAGGAGAAUGGAGGAUUUCCAGUGAAAGGACAGUGAAGGUUGCAGUGAAAACCCUCCGUGCGGAUGCCAGCUAUGACCCUGCGGUCCUUCAGGAUUUUCUGCAGGAAGUGAAUGCGAUGUACGCCCUGGAUCACCCACAUCUCAUCCGACUCUACGGCGUCGUUCUUACACAGCCAAUGAAAAUGGUUACAGAGUUGGCACCUCUCGGAUCCUUACUCAGUCACCUGCACUCCUAUAACGGCGUGUAUUCUCUGCAGCUCCUGUGGUCAUAUUCCAUCCAGAUCGCCUCUGGGAUGAGCUACCUUGAGACCCACAAUUUCAUCCACAGGGAUCUGGCAACUCGGAAUGUUUUGGUGAUCAGUGAACAUUUGGUAAAGAUUGGAGAUUUUGGAUUGACAAGGAUUUUGGCCACAAAUGAUGAUCAUUACACCACGUCUCCCGGCCGAAAGAUGCCCUUUGCAUGGUGUGCUCCGGAGAGCUUGAAGUUUGGCAACUUUUCACACUCAAGUGAUGUCUGGAUGUUCGGGGUCACCAUGUGGGAGAUGUUCACCUAUGGACAAGAACCUUGGUUUGGCUUAAAUGGGAGACAGAUUUUAGCUGCAAUUGAAAGAGGCGCUGAACGGUUGGAGUGCCCCGAAGAUUGUUCUCCUGCUUUGUACAAUGUGAUGAUGAAAUGUUGGGCGUACAUUCCGAAAGAGAGACCAAAUUUUACCUCUAUCAUCAGCCUUCUUCAAGAGAUUUUAGCUGCAAUUGAAAGAGGCGCUGAACGGUUGGAGUGCCCCGAAGAUUGUUCUCCUGCUUUGUACAAUGUGAUGAUGAAAUGUUGGGCGUACAUUCCGAAAGAGAGACCAAAUUUUACCUCUAUCAUCAGCCUUCUUCAAGAGGUGAAACCUCUGGAGCUUAAAAUUCUUAAGGACGUUGGCAAUCCUAACUGGCUGCCCCUGAAUGCUGGAGAUGUUGUCACCAUCAUCGAGGCUGGGUUAGACACCAAGCUCUGGAGAGGACAGAAUCACCGGACUCUUCAGAUUGGAUCUUUUUCUGCUGCCUCGAUCUGCCCAGAGGACUUUGCCCAUCUGUGUACUUCUGUGCACUUGUCCAAUCGUCUGGAGAAGCUUUCUCUUAGAAACGACGACUCACAGAAAGAGUAA